UAUAAUUUGCAUGCCGAACGAAUUUAUUUUACAGUAAACUUCACAUCCUGAAAAGAAAUACAAUUCUAAAACUUUGAUAGGUAAUUGGUAUGAAGAAAGAUGCGAACCAAAAUCAAAAUAUUCAACCUUUUACUAAGAAUAAAAAUUUGAGAAAAACUAAUAUAAUGUUAGCAAACUUACAUAAGUAUUGUUUAUUAUUAGUUUAGGAAUCAUUUAUGAAGUGCUCAUAAAAUUGGUUAAAUUUCUAAAAAAAUUAAACUAAUCAUUUCUAAACAAACAAUUAGUAAGCAAGACAGUUAUACAUUUUAUAGAUAAGAAUUCAAGAAUCCAAAAGAUCAAUACAGAACCUCUGAAAUAAAGAAAUUUAUUAUUAAAAAAGGAGUAUUUGAAAAGAACCCCUAAUAAAUGUCUGAUUAUAGAAGUAAAUGGACUUCAGCACCUCAUUUUUUUGAUAGAACUUACCUUGGGCAAUAAAAAUGAUAAUUUAUAAUUAUUAUUCAAGCAACA